AUGGAUUAAAGUUAAUAAUACUUAAUUGAAGUUCUUGCUAGAAAAGUAACAUUAGAAUUAUUGAAUCCUCUUUAGAAUAGGUAAAAGAUUAAGUUUAUUUAGAAUCUUAAAUUUGUAACAAGAUUAUACCAAUAUUGAUACAGUAAUCAGCAAACAUACUUAAGCCAUUUCAAUUAUUAAUUAAUAAUAAUAGUAAAGAUAGUUGUAGGAUUCAAUGUACUUAAAAAACAUUAAUGAACUACAUUAAACAAUAAAUUCUUUGGUAUCACUUUAAAAUAAUUAAGGAAGAAAAACAAACUUUAGCAAUUUAAACUUAAAAUUAAACAUUUACUAAUCUUAUGGAUAGAAUAGAACAUUACAGUCAAUAAUUGAAUGAAAGAUCAGAAAAACUAAAAGAGUUACAAUAAUAAUAUUAAUAGUUGAAAGGAGAUUAAGCUUUUGUUCAUUAGACUUAUAUUACAAAUAUUGAUAAUAUAUAAAAGAGAGUUAAUUAAUUGAUUGUUUCUUCAAGAGAGGAGACUGAUGGGAAUAGAUUCUCUGUAGAAAAAAUAGAUUCUAAAAUGUAAGAUAUGACAGAAAAAUUAAAUAAAAUAUCAGAAAAGGCUGAUUAAUAUUAAUAAACUUUUUAGUAAUAAAAAGAUCUAAGUAUUUAAGUAUAAGAAAUGGUUGAAUAAUUAGAAUUAUUUAAAGAUUAAACUAUACAUAAAGAGGAUUAUGAAAAAUCUGUUAAAUAAUAGAAUGAUCAGAUAAAAAGUGAAUUAAAUACUAUUUAAUUUAAAUACCAAUAAAUAUUGAGUUAAAAUAAUAGAAAUAUAACAUAAAUGUAAUAAUAAAUUGAUAGCUUUUAAUAUUAAAGGGAGGAUAAUUAAAGAUAAUUUUAAACUUGUUUUGGAUAAAUUAGAGAUUUAAGAGUAGAAUUUGAAGCUAAAAAUUAAGAAGUAUUAAAAUCUAUAAAUAAUUUAAAAUCAUAAUUUGAAUAAAGAUAUGAGGAUUGGAGUGAAACAUUUCAUAUUGUUUAAAAAGCAGUUGAAUAAUUUAAAUUUGAUUUUGCUAGUAUGAAGUAGAAUUAUAAAAAGAAUCUAUUGAAAUAUGAAGAAAUAUUUGAAUAAUAUAAAGAAAAAUGUGAUAAUGAUAUUAUGUCAAUGUUAAAUAGAAACACAAAUAUAUAAAAAUAAUAUUUAGAUGAAUAAAUAUAAAUAAUGGAUAAUCAUUUUAUGGAAGAAUUAUAAUCUUUAUAAAAUUAAUUAGUUCCUAAUAUUAUAUAAAAUAUUACAUCACUUGAUAAUGAAGGAAAAUAAAAUUAAUUAAAUUAAAAAUAUAUCAAAUAAGAUGUUGAUGAUAUUUAAUCUAAAUAAAAUAAACUUUAAGUUCCAUAAAAUUACAAUCCUUAAAGAAAAAGUAAAGUUCUUAAAGAUAAAAUAGAAACUGAAUCACCAUUAGGAAUUAAUAUAACUAGUGUUUAUGUUUCAGCUAAUAAUAAAUCAAUUAGAUCAAAUAGUAGAGUUGAUGGUUAAAUUGAAUAUUAAUCAUAUCAAAAGAAGUAAUCAGUAUCAAAAGUUAUUGAUAAUUUAGAAUUAAUAGAAGUAAAAUAAUAGAUAGAAAAAGUACUUGAAUCUUAAAAAAAUUGUUAAAUUCAAUAUUAAUAAUUAGAUAAAGAUUUCAAAUAAUUAAAUGAUAAAGUUAAAAAAUAACAUGAAAGAUUAGAAUUCUUUUUCUUAUAAACUAAAACUUAAUUAAAUAAAUACAAUUCUAAAAUUGAUACUAUUUAAAAUGAUACUAAAUAAGUAUAACCAGAUAAAGAAUUUGUAGAUUUAAAUUAUAUUAAAAGAGAUAUUGAAUCAUUAUAAGGUUAAAUUACUAAAAUGAAAUCUGAUAUUUAAAAUGAUGCUACAUUUGCAUAAUAAUAAAUUAAAAAUCUUUAAAAAAUUAGAGAUUAAAUUUUACCAAAGUAAUUAGAAUAAUAAACUAAAAUGGAUUAAUUAGAUGAAUGUUAGAAAUUGAUGAUUAUUUUAUAACUAUAAAAUGAAUUAGUAUAAAUUAGUCAUGAAGAUGGUUUAUAUAGAGUAGAUUAAAAUCUUAAUAAUUUACAUUUUGAAUUUCAACCAGGAUUAAAAGAUGAAAAUACUCAUAUUACAUAUAGAUAAUAAAGAAUAUCUAAAGUAGAUUUUAUAUUGAAUUAAAUAUUACCAAUAAAAAAGAUUAGUUUAUCUACUAGCAGAAUAGAUUAAUCUUUAAAUUUAUCAUAAUCAUAAACACUAAGAAAAUAAUAAACAAAUAGAAAUUUAAAUAAAAAUAGUAAAACAAAUAAUUCUGUAAUAGUAGGUAAGAAUUCUAAAUUAAAUGAAUCAACUAGAUUAACCAUGAGAAAUACAAUGACUGUAGAAAUGAGUCAAAAAUAUAUGAAUAGAAGUUAAAGAUAAAAAGAUACAUUUAAUUAAGCUAGAAUAUCAUUAUCAAAUUAGAAAUUAAACUAUACUUUAACUGAUGAAACAAUUUGA